AUGUCAGAUAGAACUGAGAAAGAAAUCUUUGAGUUAAUUGAAAAGUCCAAUUUUAAACAAUGCAAUGUUAAGAUAGCCCUAUUGAGAAAACAGUUUCCUAAUUCUUCCUAUUAUGUAAUAUUGGAAUUAUUUGCCAAGUUCAAGCAGUCUCCAAAGAAAUUUAACUAUGAAACUGAAUUGAAUUCAAAAUAUGGUUUACAAGGCAAAGAGUAUGUCAAUGACAGAAAAGCUUUGAAUCUACUUCACACUUUAUUUAUAGAAUAUUCAAAGUUUGAAGAAGCAUUGAAUGUGUACGAGAAAGCGAUGUUUAAGUAUCCAAGUUUUCAACUUGCUAUGGAAUGGUUUGAUAAAUCUAUCAGCGAUGGCCAUUAUAAGUAUAUGGCAAAAGCUAGUCUGCAACUUUCAAAAUACGCUGUAGUAGGGAAAAACAGCACUUUAGAUAAACGUAACUACAGCAUUUGGUAUGCUAUUUCUGUCUUAGCUUUGUUUAGAUUUAAAAGAGAUACUCUUACUGCUACAGAAUUGAAACUAUUUCCAAUGUUGGCUUUUAAAAAUUUGGAGGAAAUCAAACCUUUUCAUAAUUCAGAAGAAUAUAUCAUCUACUGCAGUGUAUGUGAGGCAUUGUUUAUUGACCUUUGUAAUGAAAAUAAUGAAAAUAAUGAAAAAGCUCGUUUAAUUGUUAAUGAAAUAUUGCCAACGUUGUCUAGUGAAGUGAAUUUGAACUUAAAAAAAUUUAUUAUUAAAUAUUGUGCAAAGAUUGAAGACUAUGAACUUUUGUACAAAAGUUCUAAAAAAAUAUUAGAAAGCAUUGAUGACUAUUCAGUACUCAAGAGUUUUAUUAAAGCUAGUAAACAUAUUGGAAAAUCAAAUGAAGAAACUAAGAAAUUAAUUAUUGAUUUAUUAGGUCCUUCAAGAAAUGCAAGACUAGCAUAUUUAGAGUGUGAUGUAACAUUUACUGGGAAAAUCGAUAGGGACUCUGUAAUGUUUUACUUAGAAAAGUUCCAUCAUAAACAAUGCUGUGUCGUUGAUUUAAAUGCAUACAAAGAAUAUCUAGAAGUUGAAAGCGUAUUAAAUUACAUGUCUGAAUUGGAACCAAAGAACGAUAUUCAUGAUGUCAAUACCCUACAUUUUUCUAAUUUAACUUCCAAUGAAAGUUCAGAAAAAGCGAUCAACUUGUAUAAUUCACACAAACAUACUUUGAACAAGAAAAUGAAAACUGAUUAUUCGAUUUUAAGUACUUCUAUUAUAAAAUUAGUUGAAGAGAGUUUAUCAUCAAAUGGAAAAAAUCCAUCUUUGAAUGAUGUUUUAUUUUCCUUAUCACUAUUAGAAAAUUAUCAAACUAAGGACCCACACAACUUCGAUACGAAAACUUGGAUUAUUGCCCUGUACAUGCAUUUAGGAUGCGUUUCGCAAGCAUACUCUCAUUUUGCUGAUUUAAAGAUCAAAAAUGUCCAAAGUGAUAUUAUGCAUCAUUUAAUUUACACAAGGAUGUCAUCUUUGUUCCCUCAUAAAUCUCAUCCUUAUAUACAACAUUUUUUGACAGAGAAGGAGAACUUAUAUGAAAAAUCAUUACCAAGAUUAACAAAUUUCAUAAAGAUUUCUUUUGAGAGAGAAGCCUAUAGUAAAAUUAUGGGUAUGUUAGAUUUUAGAAACAGAUUGGUAUCUUCUAGUUUUAAGUGGUUGAGCGAUAUUGAAGAAACCCAAUUGGCAAGACUAACGAACAACAAGCGUGGUACUUUGAUACAAAAAAACCUGGAAUCAUGGAGGAAAAUUAACAUGAUAAAUGGAGCUUUCAAUUUUAGUGACAACAGAGAUUGGUCAAGAUUUGGAGAGUUUGUCAAAAAGGACAAUUUGCCAUACACUUUUCAAUAUUUAAAAUUUACUGACAUGUCAAUGAAGGUAAAUUUUAUCAAAGAAUUAAUGAUCUAUUAUCUUUCUUUGGGAGAAUCCAAUUCAACAUUAGAUAAUUUAAUCCAGGAAACGAUUCCUAGCGACAAGUUAGUAUUGUUAAAGGAACAUUUGACUCCAAUCGAGGCCUGGUCCUUUAAUAUUUUUUACGAUUUAUACAAAAAUGAAGGUUCAUCACUAAAUGACACGUUAGAGUAUAUACCUUCCAAAGAAGAGCUGUCAACCUGGAGGUUAUCAAAUUAUUAUAUUACGAAGUUAGCAACAUUAAAAACAUUAGAUAACAUGCAACAAAUUUCUGAUAAGAAGCUGAAAGAAUCAAUUAAGAAACAAUUACAAGAAUUAAGAGAAAACUGUGAUGAUUUAUACAAAUCAUACUCAAGCGAAAUUAUCUCUUCUUCAAGCGUUCUAAGUUCAACUCAGAAAAAAAUUCUAAAUUCUUUAGAUUACAAAGAACUGAAACCAGAGUUAAUUACAGACGGAAUAUUGAAAAUUCAGAAAGCAGUUAGAGAUUUAUAA